UCUUGUUGCUUACGCUGAGGCUGAGCCCUAAACUAUCUUUCCCCUGCUCACCACUCUUCUCCUUUUCCUUCGCUUCGAUUCGAUUCUCCCCCCAUUUGUUUUUCUUACUGCUUUCUGCGGCCGCUCUUAUAGCAGACAUGGCCAGUGCUACUCCCUCCGCAGUCGUUCCAGAGAAUAACAAGAAGGAGCGAGAGGACGAAGAAGAGAAUUCGCCGGCGGCUGAUGAUGAGGACACCGGAGCUCAGGUCGCUCCCAUCGUGAAGCUCGAAGAGGUGGCCGUGACCACCGGCGAGGAGGAUGAGGAUCCUAUCAUCGAUCUGAAAUCGAAACUUUAUCGCUUCGACAAGGAAAGCAACCAGUGGAAAGAGAGAGGAACUGGAACGGUGAAGCUGUUGAAGCAUAAGGACACUGGCAAAGUCCGCCUCGUCUUUCGCCAAUCCAGGACACUCAAGAUCUGUGCUAACCAUUUAGUUAUUGCGGGAACGAAAGUUCAAGAGCAUCCGGGCAAUGAUAAAUCAUGCAUAUGGCAUGCUACUGAUUUCGCUGAUGAGGAGUUGAAGGAUGAGCUCUUCUGCAUCAGAUUUGCCUCUGUUGAGAACUGCAAAACUUUCAUGGAGAAUGUUCAGGAGGUGGCUGAAAGUCAGAGCAAGGAAGAAAGUGGAGAUGCUUCAGAGACUGCCAAGCUUCUUGACAAGCUGAGUGUCGAGGAAGGUAAGACCGAGGGCAGUACAAAGGGAACCAGCGGUGAUGCAACUGCUGAUGACAAGAAGGAUCCGGCGGAGACAGAAAAGAAGAAUGCUGAACCAGCUUCAUCAGCUUGAAACCAACAGGAGGAAGCAAAACCUUUGGGGUAUGUUUGUGGUUUGUGGAAGUCAUUUGACCAGCUGCAGUCAGUAAUAUGCGUGGGCACGAAGCAAGAACGAAGAACCUGUGGUGUGUGUGAGAUUGAUGGUGUGGUUGGUCAUAGGUUUUGCGAUCGCAAUAUAAUACGGUUAAGUUAGGGCGAUUUAAACUGGUUUGUUUUGACUUUUGAGUCUGUCUUUGGUAAAAAGUCGAGGUCUCGAAUGGUGGUUGUUGGGUACAGUGUGUUUCCAGUGGUCUUGUCUGGUCUGGUUCGGUUUGCCUCGGCAACCUUAGUCAUCGAUAGUCAGCUUCGUGUCUGCAGUUCUAUUGAACAAGAAGAGUUGGUCGUUGGUCUUGUGCUGGUGUCGGGUUGAUGAACAUACCACAUUAUUCUGUCUGUGGAAUCAUCUGUUUGGAAUGGGCGGUCUUUGAAGAAUGCGAUAUUUAUGCUUUCUUUUGUGGAGUCUUAUUAGGGCUAUGUUAAGCAGCUACCAGUUUGCAGUUUUACCCCUACCCUCAUUGCUAACCUACAUUUAACGAUUAAAUCAUUAAUCCAUAAG